AUGGUGGACGAGACUAUCGAUCACCUGCAAGUUGUGGGCGAUUUCAAGCAUGGAUCAAUCAAGCGUAUCAAGCUAGUGAACUUUCUGACCUAUGCAUACGUCGAAUUCAAUGCUGGGCCAAGGCUUAAUAUGGUUUGCGGUCCAAAUGGAACAGGGAAGUCUUCUAUUCUGUGUGCAAUUUGUCUGGGGCUUGGUGGAGAACCUCGUCUGCUGGGCAGAGCCUCGGAAAUUGAAACCUUCGUGAUGAAUGGCGAAGACGAGGGCCAAAUUGAAAUCGAGCUUGUCGACACUAGAGGAAGGGACAAUCCCAUCAUCAAUCGCACAAUCCGUCGGGAAAAGGGAGCGAACAAACAUCCUUUUACUUGGGGUGGAAAACAGGUCUCUGCAAAGCAUGUCCGUGAACAAUGCUUGAAGGAAUAUGACAUUACUGUCGACAACUUGUGCACCUUCUUACCGCAAGACAGGGUCGGCAGUUUCAGUGGCUUUGAUUCGAAACAACUCCUCGUUGAAACAGAGAAAUCCUUGAGCUCUUCACAACAUCUAUAUCAUGUCCACCAAGAAUUGAUCAAGGACCAAGAGAAGCUCGAUGGAGGUGAGAAUCAGGUAGACACUCUUCGAGAUCGGAUCGAACAACUCAAGAAUGAAACAAGACGGUUUGAGCGUGAAAAGGAACGAAUGAGAGAGAGAGAAGAAGCUAUGAAGCAAGCAGAAUUGCUAGAAAAGAAGAUAUUAUGGCUUGAAUUUGACAACUGUCGAAACGAAGCCGUGGAAUUAAAGGAAUUGAAAACUCAGAAAAAAAACGCUUUUCGUGAGUUGUUAUCACAAAGUGAACCGUUGCAAGAUAGGCUUAAACAGCUAUCAAACGACCUGCGGAAUCAAGAGGAAAUGUACAAGGCUCUGGACAAAGAGGUUCAGAACCACCAAAAGGAAAUGCAGAAACAAGCAGCAAAAUAUGAAAAACAUGAUGAUAGCAUCGAAAAUCUGUUGGCUGACCUCAAUCAACUCGCUUCGGCACGAAAGCAUCAACAACACAAAGUAGACCAGCUUCGAAUGAAGGUGGAGGAAGUUGAACAGAAGAUUUCAGAGUGCAACUCUAUGGAAAACUUGGAGGAAGAAUUGCGAAUUGCACAGGAAGAAAGGAAACAGAUCAACCCCAUGUUACAAUCGGCAAAAGAUGGAGAGCGAAAGCUUUCUGAAAAAGCACGAGAAAUCGCAGAGGAGAGAAAGGUGCAAGAGAACAGGUGGAAGCAGCUACAAGACGAAAAGGCGCAACGCCAAGCAAAUGUUUUCCGCCAGCAGCAACCACUCAAGAAAGCCUAUGACUGGAUUCAGCAAAAUCGAGACAAAUUCAGAAAGGAGGUUCUUGGUCCUGUAUGCUGUGAAAUCACACCCAAGUCUAGGAAUUGUGCAGCCUAUGUGGAACAACAUGUCUCGAACAACACGCUGAAGGCUUUUGUUGUUCAAACCAGAGAUGAUUACGAUCUGCUCUACAAGAAUAUUCGGCAGAACAUGAAAUUACCUCUACAGCUCGUAUUGGUCGAAGACUUUGAUGCAGCUCCCAAAAGAAAGUACUCAGCAGGAAAGAUGCAGAUGCUGAAGCAGGAUCAUGGAGUCAUUGGUUACUUGGACGAGUCUUUCACUGCCCCGCCAGUGGUAAUGGCAGCACUACGAAGCAGACAUGCCGUCCACGAUGUUCUAGUUGGAUCUGAUAGCACGCAAGAGAGUAUUGAUAAGCGGCAUUUGGGACAACUGUUAUCGGAACCGGAAGAUGGAAGCGGUAGACUCCAACAAUAUUGCAUCUUUACCUCUCAAGGUGAAAAAUCCUUUCAAUAUCUUGCAUCGGUUUCAAAAUAUUCUAAGAAAUCGAAUCUUAGAAUUGAUGAUGUUAGACCAGCGAAGUGGCUGGCACCAGGUGUCAGCGAUACGCGAAAGCAGCAAGUGAAAGACUUGUUGGAUAAAUGUGACAAAGAGCUCGAUUCGAUUCGGCCAGAGAUUGAGAAAUACAGGGCGGACUUACAAAUCUACCAAGAACAGGCAAAAUCAAGUCUGGAUCAGAUAAAGUCUGCGAAGGAAAACAUCAAUGUCUUGCGCAAGUUCAUUACGAGAAAGCAAAGUCACGCCAAGAAAUUGAAGGAAGAAGAAGCUAAACUUUCAGUCGACAACGAAGAAGAAAAGAGAGAGAAAGUCGAAAAGUUAGACGCAAGAGUUCGUGGCUCACUGGAAGCUUUGAGUUCUCAUGGACAGAGCUUCAAGAAAAUGAUGCUGGCGACGUCCAAAAGUUCUGGCGCCCGCCUGAACAAAGAAGUUGUAGCUGUGGAAGAAAGAAAGGCCAGUGCUGAAUUCGACGAAAUGAACCGGAAGGUUCAAGCCGCACAUCAAGAAUCGGAAAGAGCAAAAGAAUCAUUCAACAACAAGAGACGGGAGCUUCAGCAGCGGAAAACAAGAGCAGAGGCAGAAGCACCGUUAACGGAUAGUAAUGGUGAACCUCUGCCCCUGGAACAGCAACUAAAAGAUAUCGUCAUUGAAGACUUGGAGAACGCAAACAUAGCUCUAGAAGAAGCGCAGCAAAAGAUCGAGUCGAUUGUUGCUGAUCCGAACGUGGUUAGAGUCUACGAGACAAAGAAGGCAGAGAUGGAAGCGGCAGAAAUGGAGCUCGAAAACUUGACCAGCUCUCGCGAAAAAACUCUCAUAGAAAUUAGAACAAAGUAUUCACCGUGGAUGAAAGCGCUUGAAGCAUCGGUUUCUGAUAUCGACAAGAGAUUCAGCUCCUACAUGCGAGAAUUGGGAUGCAUAGGCGAGGUAGGGCUUACGCGAGGAAACCAAGGCGAAGGUUCCGAGUAUGGUAACUUUAAGGAUUGGGGUAUCGAAAUCCGUGUGAGCUUUCGCGAAAAUGCGAAACCACAAGUCUUGUCAGCCAGAGUCCAGUCUGGUGGUGAACGCUCUGUUUCCACAAUCAUGUAUUUGAUGGCGUUACAAGAAAUGAUGGUAUCUCCAUUCCGAUGCGUUGACGAGAUCAAUCAAGGUUUGGAUGAUCGUAACGAGAGGUUGGUCUUCAAGAGGAUCGUCGAGAAUUCCUGCAAACCGCCAGGGCCAGAGGGGCUUACUGACCACUGCGGUCAGUACUUUUUGAUCACUCCAAAGCUGCUCCCAAAUCUAGUCGACAUGGAGGUUGAAGCGAUUACCAUUCAGUGUAUUUUCAAUGGCCCCUUUAACUUGAAACACCCUAGCGACUGGAAUGUCCGGAGCUUGAUCGCUUUGCGAAACAACGAGAUCGAAAAUCAGGUCACUGAUGAAGAAGGAGAUUACCAAGAGCAGUCCCCAAGCAAGAGAAGAAAGCUCGACACUCAAUAA